AUGCCACCGGACUAUAGCUUGAGCGAAGAGCAGAAACAACAUUUCCUCGAACAUGGCUUCAUCAAGCUCGAAGAUUGCUUUUCGCCAGAGGAUGAAUUUUGUAAAGGACUGAUGGAUCGUGUGUGGGAGCGACUAGACAUGGAUCCCAACGACAAGGAAACUUGGAAUCCAUGGCGAGUUCAUCUUCCUCGUUACCAUGAUGCGAUACCCAUGCGCGACUUCUGCCCCAAAGCUUGGUCAGCAAUUUGCGAGCUCUGUGGCGGCGAAGACCGCAUCGACACUGCCGAUGAAGCUAAAUGGAAAGCUGCCGCACAACAAGGCCUUCCCUCCGGCCCCGACAACUUAACCCCCGCUCAGGAGAAAUUGCUAGAUCCACACGACAGAGACAACUGGCACGUAGACGGAGACUUUUUCCACCACUUUUUGGAUAGUAAGGAACAAGCUCUGUUGCCGAUUGUGCUGUUCAAGGAUAUCAAGGUUGGAGGUGGCGGCACGAUGAUUUGUCCUGAUGCUAUACCUACGAUGGCUGAGCAUUUGGCUGCUCAUCCUGAGGGGCUGAUGCCUGAUAUGACGUUCAUUGAAGGCAGAGAAAAGCUGUAUAAAGAUUUUGACCAUGGUUUCUUUGACGAGGCUGUGAAGCCGGUCCCAAAAGACAGAUUCAGAACUGCAACAGGCAAAGCGGGUGAUAUAUAUCUCUUGCAUCCAUUGAUGGUACAUUCGGCGGCUCCUAACUAUCUAAGAGAACCUCGCUUCAUCACCAAUCCUCCAGUGGCCCUCAAACAACCCUUCAAUUUUGACAGAACGGAUGGUAGCGCAUACAGUCUCGUAGAGCAGAAGACUCUAAACGCACUAGGCCACCCGGAGGGCCUCAAAGGCUGGAAGAUUACAACGGAGAGAAAGCUCAUCGUGCCCGAAAGAGUGAGGGAGCAGGCCCAGAUGAAAAAGAUCUGA